AUGGAGGUGGUAAUACUGAAAGCGAGAGCCCAACUAAAUCGUCUCGUGUCGGUGAGGCGGCCGAGCAGAGAACGCGAGGCGCGCGCGGGAGACGGCGGGGCCUCUCGCGGGUCCGGCGCAGCCCGCGCGCGCAGCAUGGCGCCUGCGCCCUCUGCGACCGCCUCGCCCUGGCUCAACGCUACUCUGGCCUUCAACCUCUCGCGGAUCAAUUCCACCUUCGACACCGAUUACGAACUCCUCAACGGCAACACCACUGACGAACACGAUAAUCAUUGGUUCUGCGCCAAAUGGACUAGCGCGCAACAGGAUCUAUUUCAAGCAGCGAACUUAUGCUUCGCCAUCGCAUUCCUAGCGCCCAAGAGUUUCAAGCAAAGUAUAUUGGUGCUACGUGCCUUGGCCGCGACUGGUGCGGUGCUCAUGGGCAUGUGGGCGGGGGCUGAAGUCUGUGCACCAGAUGUUUUAGCUUGGAGCCUGGCUCUAGUCGUUGUCAACUCAAUACAUACUGUGUUCUUGAUAAUAAGGUUUUUACCGCCAGCUCUUUCACUAGAGCUCACCGAUUUGUACCUGAAGCUUUUCAAGCCAUUAAAAAUAAGCAAGAAGCACUUUCAAGAGUUAACAAGGGAAGCGCGUGUAGUCAGAUUGGAACCAGGCGAGGCGUAUGCCGUGGAAGAAGUAACACCAGCGGAUGAACGAUUAUCAAUAUUACUGAAGGGAAAAAUGAAAGUGAGCUGUGAUGAAACGCACCUUCAUUAUAUACAGCCCUACCAGUUCGUGGAUUCGCCAGAGUGGGAGGCAAAUCGGGAACAAUCUGAUGACGUAUUUCAGGUGACUGUAAUAGCCGAAGAGGUAUGCACGUGUUUAUGUUGGCCAAGAAUGCGACUAGAACGCGUUCUCCGGCAUAGACCUUCCCUGAAAGUCGUUCUGGAUUGCCUCAUAGGGAAGGACAUUACACAUAAACUGUAUUCAGUGAGUGAAGGCCUCGGUCUGGGCGCAUCUGGAGAUAACGACGGUCCACCAGGCCAUCUUACGAGGUCAGCUAGCGUGGAUGCUGUGCAUGAAGGUGCAAGAGGUCGCCUAAGAAGUUUAGCAUGGCGAUCGCAUACAUCAACCUCAAAGGGAAAUUCUUACUGGCAACCGGUAGUUGCCCGACAAUUCCUUCGGCAAUCGCCGUUUGGGCGAAGCGUGGUGCCGCCACCGAGACUGUUAACCCAAGCAUCAUCAGCCAGUCUUCAACCACCACCGAGGCGGCGAAGCCCGCCGCGACGAACUGCGUCGUUCCGGCGCAGCAGGGAAGUAAAGUUCGCGGAGGUACCGUCCGCUGGCGAGCCUCUGGUGUGA